AUGAGUGGAGUAUCAAAUGAAACUCGGAUGUUUGUUUAUUUUGCUAUCUUCUGCAUACUGGAAAAAACUGGACAUCAAAAUUCAGGAUUUACUAAAGUUGAAGCUGUUUCCGGAGUUAAUGGAUCCACUGUACAGUUGAAAUGUCCACACAGAGAUACUUCUGAGACAAAACAAAUUGACUGGUUUAAAAAAUUUCCAGAUUUGAAAUAUGUUGGUGGGACAAAUAUAAAUCCAAACUUACCAUCAGAUUUAAAAAACAGAUUAGCAGUCACAGGUGAUCAGAGUAAAGGAGAAUACCAUUUGAGUAUAUCUGAUGUUAGGAAGAGUGAUGAAGGAACUUAUGAGUGUUCACUGUCUAGUACAGUAGGUGCUGUUACUACAAUCAAAUUAACUGUUAUUACCAACCUACCAUCAAGUUUGAGUAUGGAAAAUGUCGGGGUGGACAAGAUAUUAAAUGGUAUUGAGGGAAACAAUCUGGUGAUAACUUGUCAUGCAAAUGGUGGAGAACCUAAGCCUGAUGUGAAGUUACUAAUACCAGAUUCUGUUGUUAAAAUCGCCAAAGAAACUGUACAGUAUGCAUUAGAACCAGUAAACAGAUUUUAUGAUGGCAAGAAUGUAACAUGUUUGGCAGGUUAUGAAGAGAUUUCUUACUAUCCACUAAAUGAUUCAGCUAAAAUUUAUCUGAAAUUAAAGCCUAAUGCUCCUACAUUUAGCUCUGACUUAGUACAAACAGAGGAGACCAAACCUCUUCUAAUAUCUUGUACAUCAACUGGAAGCCGUCCAAAGGCUUCAAUAUACUGGUUACUAGGAGAUAGAGGAGCUAAAGAUAAAGCAGCUGCACAGUCAAACUCAUAG